AUGAAAUGGACGUUGAUGAACAGCAAGGUGUGUACCCUUAUCCCCGCAGCUGGUAAGGGCAGCCGGAUGGCACAUUCGCUUAAAAAACCGUACCUAAAAUUGGCAAAGAAGCCGAUUUUAGCGCAUACUAUACAGCGGUUUGAGCAGAAUACUGCUGUAGACGCUAUUUUCGUCAUCGUUGACGAAGAUGAUUUCAGCGAAUGUCGCUCCACCGUGUUGGAACCACAUCCCUUUACAAAGGUACAGAAACUCGUCGCAGGGGGAGAGACUCGGCAGAGGUCUGUCUACAACGGUUUACGUGCACUAUCGGCAGAUGUUGAUUUUGUUAUUGUUCAUGAUGGUGUCCGACCCUUUGUAACAGACGAAACGAUUUUUGCUUGUCUCACCGCUGCAGACGAAUGGGGGGCUGCUGCCGCUGCGGUGCCAGUCAAAGAUACGAUCAAAGUAGCCGACGAGAACUAUUUCAUUACUGAGACACCAGAGCGAGAAAGACUCUGGGCAGUGCAAACACCCCAGGUCUUUCGGAAAUCCCUAUUAGAAGAGGCACAUCAGACAGCCCGAGCGCGCCAACUCACAGGAACUGAUGAUGCCGCUCUCGUUGAGCAACUCGGUUUCCCUGUUAAGUUAGUGAAGGGCAGUUACGCGAAUUUGAAGAUAACUACGCCAGUGGAUUUACGAGUUGCUGAAGUCUUACUCUCAGAGUGUACAAGAAAAAUGCGAGUAGGUAUUGGUUACGACGUUCAUCAGUUAGUCGAAAAUCGUAAAUUGGUUUUGGGCGGGGUUGAGAUCCCCUACCAUUUAGGGUUGUUGGGGCAUUCAGAUGCGGAUGUCCUCACACACGCUAUCGUGGACGCGAUUUUAGGGGCGCCGCUCUCGGUGAUAUCGGCACACAUUUUCCAGAUACGGAUGCCCGUUAUGAAGGAAUGGACAGCCUUAUUUUCCUACGCGACAUCGCUUUGA